ACUAUGGUAACUUGUCAACCACUCCUCUCUUCCUAGCUCCCAUGGUGGACUUUUUCUUCCAACUUCACACGUAUUUCUUUGCAUACUUUUUCACACUCUUACUCUCAUCUUACAUAUACAAUUAUACAAACCCUUUUUCUUGUUCUAACAUAAAACACUUUGCAUCAUAGAUCAUCAUCAUCAUCAUGGGAAAUUGCUUCAUAAAACCAGUUGCUCAUGUUUCUUCCACAACCCUUUUUGGUCAGAAGUAAUAAAUCUCAAACUAAGCCAAAGCAGAAUUCAAGUCCUCCCAAACAAAAAUCUUCUGCUCAAACUUCAGUGUCAAAUGCUAUUGAGAGAACAAUUUCUAGCAGCCUUAAGUCCUUCUCCUUUAGUGAUCUGAAGGAGGCAACUAAGAACUUCCGGCGAGAGAAUUUGAUCGGCGAGGGAGGGUUCGGGUUUGUGUACAAAGGGUGGAUAGAUGAGAACACUUUUGCUCCCACAAAACCAGGGACUGGUAUAGUAGCAGCCAUAAAGAAGCUUAAGCCAGAAAGCUUUCAAGGACACCAAGAAUGGCUUGCAGAAGUGAACUAUCUAGGGCAGCUUCACCAUGAAAAUCUUGUAAGACUUAUUGGUUAUUGCUUGGAAGGGAAGAAUAGGCUUCUAGUUUAUGAGUUUAUGCAGAAAGGAAGUUUGGAAAACCAUUUAUUCAGAAAAGGUGUUCAACCGAUUCCAUGGAUUAUGAGGAUCAACAUCGCCAUAGCUGUUGCUAGAGGAUUAGCAUUCUUGCAUUCCCUCGAUUCAAAUAUCAUUUUUCGCGAUUUAAAGGCUUCCAAUGUCCUACUAGACUCUGAUUUCAAUGCGAAGAUUUCGGAUUUUGGCUUGGCAAGAGACGGUCCUACCGGAGAUAAUACACACGUUUCAACCAGAAUUAUUGGAACUCAUGGUUAUGCUGCACCAGAGUAUGUAGCUACAGGUCAUUUGACCCCAAGGAGUGAUGUAUACAGCUUUGGCGUUGUCUUGCUAGAGUUAUUAACCGGAAGGCGUGUAGUCGAAAACGAGAAAGAAGGAAUUCCAGAAGAAACAUUGGUGGAUUGGGCGAGGCCAUUCCUAAGUGAUAGCAGAAGGAUUUUGAGAAUCAUGGAUACCAGGUUGGGUGGACAGUACUCUAGGAAAGGAGCUCAAGCCGCGGCCGCACUCGCCUUGCAGUGCCUGAAUGCUGAUCCAAAAUAUAGGCCACAAAUGGUGAAUGUUUUAGCUGCAUUGGAAGCACUUCAAUCCACAAAUUCAAUCACAAGGACCCCAAAAAGGGCAACUGAGAGUAGUGCAACCAGCAAACAUUCUUCUAAUCAUUCCCAAAAGUCACUUUCAAGUGCUCAAAAACUAUGAGCUUCUCAACAUAUGCUUUCAUUUUUUUUAAGGGUUAUUCAUUGGAAAGUGUUACCUUGCCUAACCCCUAAGAAGGGUAUUUCAUGAAUUUGUUUCAAGCAUGAAUGUAUGAUGACAGAGUAUAGUAUGUAAAGUUUGUAACAAAAUGGUUAAUUAGAGAGAGCUAGUUGUAUAUUAGUUUAUCAGUUUAUUUA